UUUUUGAUUAUAAGGAGUACAAAUAUCAUGCAGAUAACCACUGAAUCGCUGGAACUGUAGCUUUCCAGUGGUACCUAUUGUGAGACUUUACCCGACGACUCACAGCAGCCAAUGAGGCAACUCAAAGCAGCUUGAUUUUGCGUUACACUGUGUGGGAUUUGGUUGUAUCGUAUGUCGGUCAAGUAAAUCUCGGCCGGGGCAGCUGCAGCUUUGUUGGUCUGAAAUGACAAAUGGACACUCAAGAAAUCACUAAGGACCUACCGACCAAGAACAAAACAUAAACCAUGUGUCUCCCAUCAGUUAACGUAUGUGAGGAAACAAGAGAGAGACUGAGAAAAUGGCUAAAAAAAACAUAACAGUUACGGACGCGCCAGAGAUUAUUUUCGCUAGCACUCGUGAACAUGGAGCAUCAGAACCAGAAGGCUUCGACUCUUCUGAAGAAGAAGAAUACAGUAAAUAUUACAAGAGGUUUCACAUCUGCCUGGGCCUAGCGGCCCACAGGCGGCAUAUAUCCAGGAGCCAGAACCUCCAGCUGUGCCUGCCACCAGGUCAAGAUACACUGUGGCUCAAGGGCCUUCACCACUGCCAUCACCACCAAGGACAUCACCACCAAGGACCAGCAGACCAGCAUCACUACAGCUGCCUCCACCUCCAUCUGUGCCUGCCAUCAGGUCAAGAUACACCUCGGCACAAAGGCCUCCACCACAGCCACCAGCAUCAACUCAGCCAGCAAGGAGGUCUCUUAGAACACACGUACCCCCCACACAUCCACAACCAUCAACCCGGCGAGCAAGGAGGUCUCGUAGAGCACACGUACCUCCCACACAGCCACCAGCAUCAACCCGGGACAAUCAAACGUACCUCCCUCCAACACAGCCACCAUCACCCCCACAGCAGCCAGUCCCACUGUCUUGGAAGACAGACAAAGACCAUGCCACUGCUCCCCCUGUCUUUACAUUUAUAAUGAGUAGUUGGUUGAACAAGUUUUGAUAUUGUAAAUAAUAAUA